GUUGCUCCUCGAGACUACAAAAGCGGUUUGGAAUGUUAGGCGGAUGCAAAAGGAAUAAAGCAAACGUGGAGGGGGGAAAAGGGAGGCCGAUAAAGUUUCUGGCUACAAGACAAGAGACGUAUCAUUACCAUAUGAUCUAAUGUGGGUGUCAGCUGGCUGUUCUCAUUGAGUGAAACCUUCGUUUUUCACUCUGCUAUGGAGUAGAAGCUGGAGGUUUUCAGCCUAGUGACAGUCACAGCGCAGCACGCCCCCCUCCUCCUUUCCACACCUGCGAACUCUUUUGCUCGGGCUGAAUAUCUAGUGUAAUUACAUCUCAGCUCUGAGGGCUCCCGUGGCAAAUACCCGGAUUAAAAGGUCCCCAGGUUGUGAAAAUACGUGAGAUAACCAUGAAGACAACUCUCCUCUUACUCCUUCUGGCGCAAGUCUCUUGGGCUGGACCAUUUGAACAGAGAGGCUUGUUCGACUUCAUGCUAGAAGAUGAGGCUUCUGGGGUAGGCCCCGAAGACUCUGGUUUUCCUCCUGAUCUACCACACCUGGAGCCCCUGGGACCCGUGUGUCCCUUCCGCUGCCAAUGUCAUCUUCGAGUGGUCCAGUGUUCUGACUUGGGUUUGGAUAAAGUGCCCAAGGACCUUCCACCCGACACAACACUGCUAGACCUGCAAAACAACAAGAUAACUGAGAUCAAAGAUGGGGACUUUAAGAGCCUGAAGAACCUGCACACCUUGAUUCUUGUCAACAAUAAGAUCAGCAAGAUCAGCUCUGGGGCGUUUACACCUCUAGUGAAAUUGGAGAGGCUUUAUCUGUCUAAGAACCAACUGAAGGAGCUGCCUGAAAAAAUGCCCAAAACCCUCCAGGAGCUUCGUGCCCACGAGAAUGAGAUCAGCAAAGUGAGGAAAACCGUGUUCAAUGGACUGAACCAGAUGAUCGUCAUAGAACUGGGUACCAACCCUCUGAAAAACUCUGGAAUUGAAAAUGGAGCCUUCCAGGGGAUGAAGAGGCUCUCAUACAUCCGCAUUGCAGACACCAACAUCACUGCUAUUCCUCAAGGUCUCCCUCCUUCUCUCACUGAAUUACAUCUGGAUGGAAACAAAAUCACCAAAGUUGAUGCAUCCAGCCUGAAAGGACUGACUAAUUUGGCUAAGCUGGGGUUGAGUUUCAACAGCAUCUCUGCCGUGGACAAUGGCUCUCUGGCCAACACUCCUCAUCUGAGGGAACUCCACUUGGACAACAACAAACUCAUCAGAGUGCCUGGUGGGCUGGCAGAGCACAAGUACAUCCAGGUUGUCUAUCUCCACAACAACAACAUCUCUGUAGUGGGCUCCAACGACUUCUGCCCACCUGGCUACAACACUAAGAAGGCUUCUUACUCCGGAGUGAGUCUUUUCAGCAACCCCGUCCAGUACUGGGAGAUCCAGCCAUCCACCUUCAGAUGUGUCUAUGUGCGCUCGGCCAUUCAGCUCGGAAACUACAAGUAACUCUCCGAAAAGUCUCGUUUAUAUAAUCUGGCAAAGAAAGCCCCAAAAUCCAAUCUGUCAAUAUCAUUACUAAAAGGAAAAAAAAAAAAAAAGAAA